AUUUGUUGGCUCGCAAAUCUCACAGACUCCCAUGACUAUAUUAGAGAAUGAAACGGAUAUUUGUCAUUGAUUGGUCAGUACUGUUGUGGCACGGGCGAUAUCCUGAUGCGAUAUGGGAAGUUGCUGAAGUGGCAUCAGCAGCAUCGGAUCUUGUUGCAACUUGUCCGUAUGCUCCAACCAAUAAGGUACCUUUCAAUCCGUCAUCACGCCGCGCUCCCAAACCAUCCUAGUUCUCAACAGCUUAGCAUGGCAACUAACGACUUCGUCUAGCUUCUUAAAAAUAGCUCCCAGUUUACAAUAUACUCUCAGCGCCCAACAGAGCUACCUUACCAACGUCGUCGCAAAAGUUACCACCCUCGCCGCAAUGGCAGCAGCCAGCCCUCCCAAAUUCAACUCCAAAUCCCCCACCCUCCGCCGCAUCCUCCGCGAAGCCCACGAACUAACCACCUCCCCCUCCCCGGAUUAUCAUGCGGUCCCGCUCGAAACAGACCUCUUCGAAUGGCACUUCACCCUGCGCGGCCCGCCCAAAUCCGCCUUCGAGUCGGGCAUCUACCACGGCCGCAUCGUUCUGCCGCCCAGCUACCCGCUUCGUCCGCCAUCCUUCCGCUUCACGACGCCCUCGGGCCGCUUCGAGACCAACCGCGAGAUCUGCCUCAGCAUCUCCGGCCACCACGAGGAGACCUGGCAGCCCGCCUGGGGCAUCCGCACGGCGCUGGUGGCGUUGCGGACCUUCAUGGAGACGGACGUCAAGGGUCAACUGGGCGGGCUGGAGGCGCCAGAAGAGGUGAGGCGGAGGUUGGCUGGGGAGAGUCGGGGGUGGAGGUGUGGGGUCUGUUGUGGCGGGAAGACCAACGCCGAGAUUCUGAGGGAGUGUGAGGAACGGGCAAGGGAAAUGGGUGGUGAAGGCGCGGCCGGAGAGGAGGUCAAGGUGCCCGAGGAGUUGAAGAUGGGGUGGAGGGAUGAGAUGGAAGGGAAAAAGAAGGAGGAGGAGGCAGCAGAUGGGGAGAGUGAUCGGUUGGCGGAGGGGUUUGUGCAGACUGCGCCGUUGGCAGCAUCGUCGUCAAGUGGGACAGGCCAGCAGACGGCGGGAGGGAGCAUAGUGCCGCCACUCCCGCCGAGCCAGCUUCCGGUAACAGCUGGUCCCGCGCUGCAGCACGCCCAGCGGAGGGCAGACGAGGUGUCGGUGUGGCUAGACAGGUUGAUUGUUGCCGUGGCUGUCUUGCUAGCCGCCGUAGUUGCCAAAGUCAUGCUGGCAUGAGUGUUCUCCCCGGGUGGUAUAUUCAACCAAGGCAGGUUUCGUUCGGGCAUAGCGGUACUAUUUGGACGGAGUUGAGGCGUUGCAUAGACCAUUGGAUGCCUACCGGAGCUACUUGUAACAUUCCGCUAUCAAGUAACCUCACAGCAACACCUGUUGGCAUAGAUGGUACAUUGUAUUAUACAAGUACAUGAGCAUCGGCCUACAAGGCAAUACAGAAUUCGAGAGCAGACCCAGAGAGCUCAAUAAAGGGA